CAGCGGGGAGGCGUGCGCACCCUUUGGCGCCGGAGUGGGAGAGGAGCUGUGUGCGGGCGCCCGCGCUGGCGAAGCGCACCGGAGUCUUGGAGAGCAAGAGUUGGGGCACGAGUCGUACAUGCAUUAUACCGUGACUCUCCAGCCUCUGGCUAGGGAAAAAGGGUCCCACCCCUGGCACAGAGGUGGGUGGUGGCAUCCUAAGCCCCCAACAUCCUAAGCCUCUUUCCCGUCCAAGGAAGGGGAAAGGAGUCUCCUCGACCGCCGGGAAAGGAUCUGAGGAUUCAUUCAUCCGAGACCUGGGAACCCUGGAGCCACACCGGAGGAACAGUGGCACCAGACCCGACGGUGGCCCCGGGGACGGAAGACGCGCCCACAGCUCCCAACCCGGGUGGCGUCCGCUGGGCUGCACUUGCUUGGAGAUCCGAAAGCAUCACUGACAGCCUCCACAGGAUGUGGCCUCUGAAGACUCAAGGACCAUCCACCCUUCCUGUCUGCAAUGGAGAAGGCAGAAAUGGAGAUGCAGGCACCAGAGCUUCCAUUCUGUUAGUGAUCACUCCGUAGACUUGUGUCCCCACCACAGAGCAUGAGCUGCUCCAAGAGAGAAAGUUCUCAGGGCCCCCAAAUCACUAUCACCAUUGAGUCUCUGUCCUGGAGAGAAGGCAGAAUCAUGGCAUCUUACAGCUGCUGUUUGGUCCUCUUGGCCCUUGCCUGGCAUUCCUCUGCCUAUGGGCCUGACCAACGAGCCCAAAAGAAAGGAGACAUAAUCCUUGGUGGGCUCUUUCCUAUUCAUUUUGGAGUAGCAGCCAAAGAUCAAGAUCUAAAAUCAAGGCCAGAGUCUGUGGAAUGUAUCAGGUAUAAUUUCCGUGGUUUUCGCUGGUUACAAGCCAUGAUAUUUGCCAUAGAGGAGAUCAACAGCAGCCCAGCCCUUCUUCCCAACAUGACACUCGGAUACAGGAUAUUCGACACUUGCAACACUGUUUCAAAGGCCUUGGAGGCCACCCUGAGUUUUGUUGCCCAGAACAAAAUCGAUUCUUUGAACCUGGAUGAGUUCUGUAACUGCUCAGAACACAUCCCCUCCACCAUCGCUGUGGUGGGAGCAACUGGCUCUGGUGUCUCCACAGCAGUGGCCAAUCUACUGGGGCUCUUCUACAUCCCCCAGGUCAGCUACGCUUCCUCCAGCAGACUCCUUAGCAACAAGAACCAGUUCAAGUCCUUCCUCCGUACCAUCCCCAAUGAUGAACACCAGGCCACAGCCAUGGCAGACAUUAUUGAGUAUUUCCGCUGGAACUGGGUGGGCACAAUUGCUGCUGAUGAUGACUAUGGCCGGCCGGGGAUCGAGAAAUUCCGAGAGGAAGCCGAGGAGAGGGACAUCUGCAUUGACUUCAGUGAGCUCAUCUCCCAGUACUCUGAGGAGGAUGAGAUCCAGCAGGUGGUGGAGGUGAUCCAGAAUUCCAAAGCCAAGGUCAUCGUCGUUUUCUCCAGUGGCCCAGACCUAGAACCCCUCAUCAAGGAGAUUGUCCGGCGCAACAUCACAGGCAAGAUCUGGCUGGCCAGUGAGGCGUGGGCCAGCUCCUCCCUGAUCGCCAUGCCUGAGUACUUCCAUGUGGUGGGAGGCACCAUUGGGUUUGCUCUCAAGGCUGGGAAGAUCCCAGGGUUCCGGGAAUUUCUGCAAAAAGUCCAUCCCAGGAAGUCUGUCCACAAUGGUUUUGUCAAGGAGUUCUGGGAAGAAACAUUUAACUGCCACCUCCAAGAAGGUGCUAAAGGACCUUUACCCAUGGACACCUUCCUAAGAGGUCAUGAAGAAGGUAACAGCAAAUUAAGCAACAGCUCCACUGCCUUCCGACCCCUCUGCACAGGGGAGGAGAAUAUCAGCAGUGUUGAGACCCCUUACAUGGAUUACACACAUCUACGGAUAUCCUACAAUGUAUACUUAGCAGUCUACUCCAUUGCCCAUGCCUUGCAAGAUAUAUACACCUGCUUACCUGGGAGAGGGCUCUUCACCAAUGGUUCCUGUGCAGACAUCAAGAAGGUUGAGGCAUGGCAGGUCCUGAAGCACCUUCGGCAUCUAAACUUUACCAACAACAUCGGGGAGCAAGUAACUUUUGAUGAGUAUGGUGACCUGGUGGGGAACUAUUCCAUCAUCAACUGGCAUCUCUCCCCAGAGGAUGGCUCCAUCAUGUUUAAGGAAAUUGGGAAUUAUAAUGUCUCUGCAAACAAAGGAGUGAGACUCUUCAUCAAUGAGGAGAAGAUCCUGUGGAGCGGCUUCUCCAGGGAGGUCCCCUUCUCCAACUGCAGCCGUGAUUGCCUGGCAGGGACCAGAAAAGGGAUCAUUGAAGGGGAGCCCACUUGCUGUUUUGAGUGUGUGGAGUGUCCUGAUGGAGAGUACAGCGAUGAGACAGAUGCAAGUGCCUGUGACAAGUGCCCAGAUGACUUCUGGUCAAAUGAGAACCACACUUCCUGCAUUGCCAAGGAGAUCGAGUUUCUGGCAUGGACAGAGCCCUUUGGGAUCGCGCUCACCCUCUUUGCCGUGCUGGGCAUCUUCCUGACAGCUUUCGUGUUGGGUGUCUUCAUCAAGUUCCGUAACACCCCCAUUGUCAAGGCCACCAAUCGAGAGCUCUCCUACCUCCUCCUCUUCUCCCUUCUCUGCUGCUUCUCAAGCUCCCUGUUCUUCAUCGGCGAGCCCCAGGACUGGACAUGUCGCCUGCGCCAGCCUGCCUUUGGCAUCAGCUUCGUGCUCUGCAUCUCCUGCAUUCUGGUGAAGACUAACCGUGUCCUGCUGGUGUUUGAGGCCAAGAUCCCUACCAGCUUCCACCGCAAGUGGUGGGGGCUCAACCUGCAGUUCCUCCUGGUUUUCCUCUGCACCUUCAUGCAGAUUGUUAUCUGUGUGAUCUGGCUUUACACUGCGCCCCCAUCCAGCUACCGCAACCAUGAGCUGGAGGAUGAGAUCAUCUUCAUCACCUGCCACGAGGGUUCGCUCAUGGCCCUGGGCUUUCUGAUUGGCUACACCUGCCUACUGGCUGCCAUCUGCUUCUUCUUUGCCUUCAAGUCCCGGAAACUGCCAGAGAACUUCAAUGAAGCCAAGUUCAUCACCUUCAGCAUGCUCAUCUUCUUUAUUGUCUGGAUCUCCUUCAUCCCAGCCUAUGCCAGCACCUAUGGCAAGUUCGUCUCGGCAGUGGAGGUGAUCGCCAUCCUGGCAGCCAGUUUUGGUCUGCUAGCCUGCAUCUUCUUCAAUAAGGUCUACAUCAUUCUCUUCAAGCCCUCCCGGAACACCAUCGAGGAGGUGCGCUGCAGCACUGCUGCCCACGCCUUCAAAGUGGCAGCCCGGGCCACGCUGCGCCGCAGCAACGUCUCACGCAAGCGGUCCAGCAGCCUCGGGGGCUCCACGGGCUCCAUCCCCUCCUCCUCCAUCAGCAGCAAGAGCAACAGCGAAGACCCCUUUCCACAGGCCGAGAGGCAGAAGCAGCAGCGGCCACUGGCCCUGACUGGGCAAGAGCAGCAACAGCAGCCUGUGACCCUCCAGCCCCAGCAGCCCCAGCAAUCACAACCUCAGCCCCGAUGCAAGCAGAAGGUCAUCUUUGGCAGUGGCACAGUCACCUUCUCCCUGAGCUUUGACGAGCCACAGAAGAAUGCCAUGGCCCACAGGAACACCACCCAUCAGAACUCCCUGGAGACCCAGAAAAGCAACGAUGGCCUAAGCAGACACCAGGCGCUGCUCCCGCUGCAGUACAGGGACACAGACUCAGGCCUGACCACCCAGGAAACAGGCCAACAAGGGAUGGUGGCAGGGGACCACCAGCCAGAGCUGGAGGACCCAGAAGAGAUGUCCCCAGCACUCGUCAUGUCCAAGUCACGGAGCUUUGUCAUCAGCGGGGGAGGCAGCACUGUCACAGAAAACAUACUGCACUCAUAAAGUGAAAGGUGGCCUGUCUGGGAAGAAUCUGGAGAGGUUUCUCGGAAUCACAGGGAUGAGGAGUCACCCCAUACUCCUCUCUUCUGAGCAAAGAAGGAUAAUAGACAUAUUAAAUGCCCCAGAUUUAGUUGCACUGCUUCAAGUAACAGUGAAUUGACUAAUGUUCCCUUUAAAAUUAAAGAAAAAAAGAAGAACCACGUGUUCCUGUGGCUCUCAGAGCAUUGUGUCAUGGUUAGAUUCGCUGUAAUCCACACUCAGAAUGCGAAGGCUGUUCUGUCCCACCCUGCACAAAGGUGGAACCAAGGCUUUAAGCACUCCAUCUGCUCCCUCCUCCUUAAAAAUGUGCAUACACACACACACACACACAUAUAUAAUGCCCACCCUAAAAGUCACGGACAGCCAUGAUCUGAAUCAUGGUCUAGAGACACCAGUGUAUGGGUGAACAGGUCAUCAGAUUUCUGUCACCAGGGCUACCCAACAUCUGGACCCUAGGAAGAAUCUUAAAUGUUCAAAAACAUCAGGGAUGUGUGUCCUAUUUAUGAAAACCCUAAGAUAUUUGAUCUCAGUCUCCUCCCUGCUGCUGCUAUCCUGUGACAUCUAGCAAGUCUGCAUCCUUCCUAUAGCAAGAGCAUGUCUAGUUUUGUCCAAGAUGUGAUAGUGAUGCUAUGUUCAGACUCCAGGAUAACAAGAAUCACCUCAAAUUGUUGGGAAGGGACUGAAUAAAUCCAAUGAGCUGUAUCUGUAAUUAAUAUUGUUCUGUAUAGCUUUAUCCUUAAGAAAAUGCUUCUGUUGUAAUGGUCCAUGGAUGAUAUAAACUGAAAAAUGUCACAGUCUGGUUUCUGCGAGGCAGUAUUAUUGAGCUCCGUUUUCCUUCCCAUCCACCCCUUUGCCCCACCAUGAGCAGAGCCCUAUGUGAGCCCUUUCUCAGUCCCUGAGGUCCAGAAGCUCCCUUCAUCCCUGCCCCAAAGGCCUUCUGAAGCUAGAUGCACACCUGACCCUUGGAGAAUAAGCUGCCAGUAUUUGUCCCCAUAACCCUUGCUGAGGUAAGAAAGUGUAACUCCACCCUGAAAAUGCCAUAACUGAGUUCCCUCCAGCAGUGGAGACAGAGUGUUCAGUGGCCACCUUACUGCUAAGCACUCAGACUCUGCAGCCAGAGAGACCAGGGUCCAGUCCUCAGCAUGGUCACUUGCAAGCUGGAUGACCCUAGGCAGGAAACCAUAACCUCUCUAAGCCCCAGCUUCUUUGUCUCUAAACUGAGGGUAAUAACCAUCCUUUCCCUCCAAGCUCUUAUCAGAUUAAGUGAGAUAAUGUAUAUAAAGUACUUUAGAAUGGUGCCUAACACAUAAUAAGCACUCAAUAAAUAU